AUGAAGUUUUCAAUUAUUUUGACUGCUCUUGUCAGCACCUCGAUGGCCUUGGUGACGACUCGGGUGCCAAAAGGGUACACCGUCGUGCCAAUGACCUACAGAGGCAUCAUCACCGAGGGCGGCGACGAGGUGGAACUGUCCGGAACAAUUGAAGACGUCCACCAGCAGAUCAAGCGUCUGAAUCCCGACUACAACGUCACCCAGUCUCUCGAAGUUCGGGAGGCGGACGCCGAGGUCCACCGCAUCCUCCAGAAAAGAAACAAGAGCAACCUGCUGUGCAACAUUGAGGGUGACCACUCCGAGACCGCCACCUACACAUGGAUCACCCAAGGGAUCCAGUAUCUGCUCGCCUUGGACGGGGUGUGCAAAGUGGGUGCCGGCCCUGGCACCUGCGCCCGGAUCAGCUGCUCCUACGACUCGGGUAUCUAUCUCUGUAAUGACAAUGCGUGGGAAAUCGAGCCCAAGUGCUCUUACCUGGCAACCUAUGCCGAGGAUAUCAUGACGCGGUGCUAUGACGGGAUGUAUAUCAAUGGCCAGGAGUUCGAUACUGACAACUACAAUGUCAUUGUCGCGGGUGACCUUUGCUAGAAAGGCAUUAGCUUCGAUAUCGGCAGGCGGG